GUCACUCUCUCAACCCUCGAAUAAAAACUGCACCCAACUUCCGAGGCGCCCUCAUUGCCAGCCGGACCCCAGCCUCCGACAGGUUCGGGCGCCCUGCUUGCCCCGUGCUCCGCCGGCCCCCGCCCAGCGCCCGGCCCCUCCGGCUCCACUCCGCUCGCUCGGUCGGUCGCUCCGACGCCAUGGACACGUUUUGGUGGCGCGCAGCUUGGGGACUCUGCCUCGUGCAGCUGAGCCUGGCGCAGAUCGAUCUGAAUAUAACCUGCCGAUAUGCAGGGGUAUUCCACGUGGAGAAGAAUGGUCGCUAUAGCAUCUCCAAGACUGAGGCUGCCGACCUCUGCAAGGCCUUUAAUAGCACGCUGCCCACCAUGGCCCAGAUGGAGGCGGCCCGGAGCAUAGGGUUUGAGACCUGCAGGUACGGGUUCAUAGAAGGGCAUGUGGUGAUUCCCCGGAUCCACCCCAAUUCCAUCUGUGCUGCGAACAACACGGGGGUGUACAUCCUCACAUCCAACACCUCCCAGUAUGACACGUACUGCUUCAAUGCCUCAGCUCCACCUGGAGAAGACUGUACAUCAGUCACGGACCUGCCCAAUGCCUUUGAAGGACCAAUUACCAUAACUAUUGUAAACCGUGAUGGCACCCGUUAUACCAAGAAAGGCGAAUACAGAACUAACCCAGAAGACAUCAACCCCAGCGUCGUUAGCCCCAGCAGCCCUCCUGACGAUGAGAUGAGCAGCGGCUCCCCCAGUGAGAGAAGCACUUCAGGAGGCUACAGCAUCUUCCACACGCACCUCCCAACUGUGCACCCGUCCCCAGACCAAGACAGCCCCUGGGUCUCCAGCAAGCCAGAGAAUACCUCGGAUACCAGUACGGAUUCAAGUAUCAUCUCAGCAGGCUGGGAGCCAACUGAAGAAAAUGAAGAUGAAAGAGACAGACACCCCAGUUAUUCUGGAUCAGGCAUUGAUGAUGAUGAAGAUUUUAUCUCCAGCACCAUUUCAACCACACCACGGGUUUUUACCCGCCCACAAGAGAACCAGAAUUGGAUCCCAAGGAACCCAGACCAUUCGAAUCCAGAAGCAUCACUUCAGACAACCACAAGGAUGACUGAUGUGGACAGAAGUAGCACCAGUGCUUACGGAGAAAGCUGGACCCAGGAACCACACUCCUCUAGCAGUCACCAUGGGUAUCAUGAUGAAGAGGAGACCUCGCAUUCUACAAGCACAACCCAGGCACCCACUACUAAUACAGCAGAAGAAACAGCUACCCAGAAAGAGCAGUGGUUUGAGAGUGGAAGGCCUGGGGAAUUUCCCCACACACCAAAAGAAGACUCUCAUUCAACAGCAGGGACAACUGUCACAACAGCCUCAACGCACGUCAGCCAUCCACAUCAAAGAGUGACAACGCAGAGCCAAGAGGACAGUUCCUGGACUUAUGUCUUCGACCCAGUCUCGCAUCCAAUGGGGCGAGAUCAUCAAACAAAAAGAAGGAUGGACACCAGCCCUAGUACAACGCUUCAGCCUUCUGCAGAUCCAAACACGAGUUCGGUGGGAGACUUGGACAGGACAGGACCUCUCUCAGUGACAACUCAGCAGAGUGAUACUCACAGCUUCUCUCCAUCGCAUGGCGGCUUAGAAGAAGACCAAGGCCACUCAACGACUGCUGCUCCAACAUCUAUCAAUAGGAACGAUGGCAGAAGAGGUGGAAAUCUUCCUGAAGAUGCAACUGCUUCAGUGGAAGGUUACACUCAUUCUCCAGACACAAAUGAAUACACAACCCUCACCCCAGUGACCCCUACUAAGACUGGGUCCCCUGGAGUUACUGAAGUUACUAUUGUUGGAGAUUCCACCUCUAAGGCUGAUCUUACUUUACCAGGAGACUACGGCGCGUCCCGCGACCCCAGUGGAAGGUCCUAUACAACUCACGCAUCUGAAUCAGCUGGACACUCAAGUGGGAGUGAAGAACAUGGGGCAAACACAACCUCAGGUCCUAUGCGGAAACCUCAAAUUCCAGAAUGGCUGAUCAUCUUGGCAUCUCUCCUGGCCUUGGCUUUGAUUCUCGCGGUUUGCAUUGCUGUUAACAGUAGGAGAAGGUGUGGGCAGAAGAAAAAACUGGUGAUCAACAAUGGGAAUGGAACCAUGGAGGAGAGAAAGCCCAGCGGACUCAAUGGAGAAGCUAGCAAGUCUCAGGAGAUGGUGCAUUUGGUGAACAAGGGGUCGUCAGAGACCCCAGACCAGUUCAUGACGGCAGACGAGACGCGGAACCUGCAGAAUGUGGAUAUGAAGAUUGGGGUGUAACACCUACUUCAUGACCUUGGAAAUAAACCACCAUUGGAGACACAACUAUUACAGGGAGCUGGGACACUUCACAGAUGCAAUGUGCUACUGAUUGUUUCAUUGGGGAUCUUUUUUUUUAGCAUAAAAUUUUCUAUUCCUUUUUUGGGAGUUUUUUGUGUUUCAUUUUUUAAAGUCAGAUCCAGUUGAUAAAAACAGCAUUGCUUUCUGAAAUGAGGGCCCAGUUAAUAAUCAGCAAGAAUUGGACUGUUCUAGUCCCCACCGAGAAGCGUCUCACCUCCCUGAGGUGUGUGAUGGGCAGCUUCUAACAAAAGCCACACGUCCAUCUUCCUGACCCUCAACCUUCCCCUUCACCCCACCCGCCAGGGAACAGGCCCCUGCUAAGGACAUCCCCAGGGCUAAGAGGGAUUGGCACCUGGGAGGAAAUUUGAAUGGGUCCAUAUUGCCCUUCCAGCAGCCCAAUCCCUGGGCAUUUCUUUCUAGUGGGGUUGGGGGUGGGGGUGUACUGGUUACACAUCCCCUUCUACAGACUCCUUGGAAAAUUUUCAGAUGCUUCUGGGAAAUACCCAAACGGUGAAGCUAUUUAUCUAUAGUAAGCUAUUUAUCUGUGUUUUUGAAAUAUGAAACCCUGGAGGUCCUUUGAUCAGUGAUUUUUUUUUUUUUUUUUUUUUGGUUACUUACCUGGUCAGAGGCAUAAAGGGGUUUAUGCUGAUUCAUAAUAAACACCUGUACUUCUUCCACCUUAA